AGAGCAUCAUCAUCAACAUUUUUUCUUCUCUUCUUCCCUGUUGAUUUCCACCUACCACCCUACUGGACUUGCGAAAAAUCAAAGCUUCUCUCAACCUUUCUAAGUGCUCUUCUCUCCUACCUUUUCCCUCCAUGCUUCUCCUGGAAUUCGUGGAUUACUUUUUACCAACACUUGAACCUAACAUGAUAUACAGCCGCUAACUGUAGCUUCCAUUGCAUUCCUGUCCUCAUCUCUUUACUUACUCUGGUUCUUUUUCCAGUUACCUCUGAGAUUCAUUUGUUCUAUCAGCAACUUCCUGAAUACUCCAAAGUUCAAAGGGAAGAUAUAGCCUGUUUUCAUCAUUUUUACCUGUUUUCCCCCUCUGCACCAAACCCCGUUUUCCUUGUGUUAUUUCCUACUUGCCAGAUCUUUGUUGGCAAUCAGCAUCGAGCAAAUCACAUUUCUAGUCAUGGAUUCUUUCAGUACAUCAUCCGGUUUCCGUUUCAACCCAAAUUCAAACACCAUUGAUGACACUGAUCGAGAUUCCGGGUUCUCGGGCAUUCUCGAAAUCUUUGUUCAUCAUGCAAGGAAUAUUCAUAACAUUUGUAUCUACGACAAGCAAGAUGUUUAUGCCAAGUUCUCUCUCACCUAUAACCCUGACGAUAUCCACUCAACCAGGAUCAUCGUUGGAGGUGGAAAGAAUCCCGAAUUCAACGAGAACCUGAUUAUGAAAGUCACUCAGAUCGACGCUGUCCUCAAAUGCGAGAUUUGGAUGCUUAGUAGGGCCAGAAACUACUUGGAAGACCAGCUUUUGGGCUUUGCUUUGGUCCCGAUUUCACAAGUUAUCGGCAAAGGAAAAAUCACACAAGAUUAUAGCUUGUCUUCCACUGAUCUUUUCCAUUCUCCAGCAGGAACUGUCAAAUUGAGUCUUUCUUUGAAGACAUCAAUGGCUCUCAAUUGUCAGUCAACGACAACCAACUCUUCGAUAUCGGCAGAAGUUGUAUUACUUGACCGGAAAGGAUCCGAAUCCCAAGUUAUUUUAGACCCAGUUGAGUAUUCCAGGAUAGAAUUUACCGACAUCAAUAUUGUUAGGGAGAAUAAGCAAAUGGUUUCACAGUACUUCGAUGGUUUGGAUUCAAGGCCAGGAAUUGGUUCAUUCCUUCAACUCGGUGCCUCUCAUCAGCAUGCCAUAGAUUACGAAAUGACGGUAAAUUCAUCUGAAGAAAUCCAUGGAGGAUCCGUUUCUCCCAACCGAAGCCUACAAAAUUCUGGGUUUUUGAGUUCAACAACAACAAGCCUAAGCGAUGAUCGCAACACAGCUGACUCGAAUGAAAAGAAGAGUCGUCUCGGUGGGGAGCCAUCGAAUUCUCUCAAUGCAUCUGCCACAAUUGAGGCUAAUCCCAGCCCUGGCGGUUGUCCCGAUACCCCUACUUCGAAGAAAGGAAGUGAAGUUGGAGACGAGAAAGAGCCGAAUUAUUCCAGCAAAGAAGUGUUUUCAGCUCCACUGGGGAACAUCAAUUUGGAGGCAGAACAAUCGGCAAUGCAGCAACAGAUAGUAGACAUGUACAUGAGGAGCAUGCAACAGUUUACUGAGUCUUUGGCUAAGAUGAAGCUUCCCAUGGAUCUUGACAAGCCUGUACAUGAACAUCGUGGUGAUUUGAUUCAAAACAAUAGCAAGAAAAUAGAGCAUGACAAGAAGAAAGAUGGGUCCAGGGUUUUUUAUGGUAGUCGGGCAUUCUUUUGAACCACAUAUUUCUGCAACUUUUAGCACACAUGAAAAAACCGAGAACUACUAGUUUUGACAUCCUCGGUGAAGAGUCUAGUUUUCUCUGUAAUUCACUUGUUGAUCCUUGAAUUGACUUAAAUGUUGAGUUUUGUAAUUUAUAAAUUGUAUCAUCAGGUGAAUAACCGAUGAAUUUGUCUGCA